GGAACACGCGCGCAGGCGUAGGCCCGCAAAUUAGAGAAUUAAAUUUAUCUACAAUUUGAUAGUAGGUGCAAAACCGUAUCAGUUAAAUUCGCCGGACGUCUCCAUAUAGCCAAAUCGGUAGAAUUAAAACGCGCAAAAUGUUGUCUCUUGCCCUUUAAGCGAUUUCUGUUGUCCUCCGUUACAGGAAGUGCGAGGGGUGUUCCCGUCGCAAUUCCAGCUGAUCUUAUACGGCAGACGGAAGUGAGUCCUCCUAGUCUUAUGUUUUGAUACUGCUUGCUCCGAAAACUAUUGUCAUUUCUGUAGUGUUGCAGUGACAGAGAGAGGAACACGUUUACAUGAAAUAUCACUGAGGAAUAAAUAUCGAGGCAUUUCUUGCUAAUAAAGAGGGGAUCUCCUGUCCCCAUCCACCACAUCUCGUCGUGGAGUGUUUCUCCCUCCCGGGUGAUUGCUCUGUAGCUGAACUGUCAUGCGAUCAGAGAGGGGAUGGCAUCCGUUCCGAGUUAUUGUAAGACAGUCGGGACAGUGGAGGAGGAAAACGGUGACCUGGACCAGUCUCUGCAGCAAAUGUUAAAAGCCAUUGCCGACGAAAGAAAUCGCCUCAACAUUCGGCAAGAAAUAAGUGGCAUCGGGUGUUUUAAGGACGACCGCAUUGUGUUCUGGACAUGGAUGUUCUCGACAUACUUCAUGGAAAAGUGGGCCCCCAGGCAGGACGACAUGCUGUUCUACGUGCGCAGGAAGCUGUCCUACGUCAGCGCCGACAACACCGAAGGCAAGAAGGUAGAGGUGGAGGUCUACAGGAGGGACUCCAAGAAGCUCCCUGGCCUGGGGGAUCCUGACAUUGACUGGGAGGAGAGCGUCUACCUGAACCUCAUCCUGCAGAAGCUGGACUAUGUGGUCACCUGUGCAGUUUGCACUCGUUCCGACGCAGGUGAUAUUCACAUCCAUAAAAAGAAAUCUCAGCAAGUCUUUGCCUCCCCCAGCAAACACCCCAUGGACAGCAAGGGCGAGGAGUCCAAGAUGAGCUACCCCAACAUCUUUUUCAUGAUCGACAACUUUGAAGAGGUGUUCAACGAUAUGACGGUCGGAGAAGGGGAGAUGGUGUGUGUGGAGCUAGUGGCGAGUGACAAGAGCAACACCUUCCAGGGAGUCAUCUUCCAGGGCUCCAUCCGCUACGAGGCCCUGAGGAAGGUCUACGACAACCGGGUGAGCAUGGCCGCGAAGAUGGCCCAGAAGAUGUCGUUCGGCUUCUACAAGUACAACAACAUGGAGUUUGUGCGGAUGAAAGGUCCGCAGGGCAAAGGUCACGCGGAGAUGGCCGUGAGCCGAGUGCCCACCGGAGACACGUCGCCCUGCGGCACCGAGGAGGAUCAGGACUCCCCGAUGCACGAGCGGCAUCCAUCCACCCCCCUCUCCACCGGCCAGAUGACCUCGUUCAGCACGCCGCCGACCCCCGAGCGCACCCGGCCCUCCUUCUUCUCGCCGUCGCUGCGCAGGAAGCUGCCGCGCACGCUGGCCGAGAUGAAGAAGUCGCACUCGGCCAACGACAGCGAGGAGUUCUUCAGGGAGGAGGACGACGCAGACUACGGCAACCCCACCAACCUGCGCUCUCGCUCUCUGUCGGGGACCAGUCGCUCCCUAGUGGGCUCCUGGCUGAAGCUCAACCGCACGGAAGAGUACUUCCUCCUCUUCUCCCACCUCACCUAUGUCACACUUCCGAUCCAUCGCAUCACCUCAGAUAUUCUGGAGGUGAGACAAAGACCUAUCCUGAUGACUUAGCGAAAGCCUGACUGCCUAAGACACUCACUACCAAGUGCCUACCUGCAUCAGGCCAACUGACUCAACACUACCAUCUAGUGUCUGGAUGACGUAACAACACCAAAAACUGAAGAGGAGUGAGUGAAUGAGCAAGCGAACAAAUGGACGAAAGAAGAUCAACAGAACAAACAACGAAAAGGGGAAACCUUUGGAGGGAAAAAAAAGUGAAAACCAGCCAAUCAAAAAGUGCCUCUUCCAAUGGUUCUUACCACAAACCCCGCCUCUACUGGAGAGCUGUUGGGGGUGGAGGGGAGGAGGACGUAAACCGUCUCCACGGUAACACGAACGUGGACAUCAGGCGCUGGGGAAAUCCUGGAAACCCUGCAGGCUUACAUUUCCUGGAAAACUCCCCUGGUACGCCAAGGGAGGGGUUAAAAAGGGAUCUAAAAAAGUGUGUGUGUGUGUGUGUGUGUGUGUGUCUGUAUGUAUGUAUGUAUGUAUAUUUGUGUGAUGGGGGGUGGGUAGGGGGAGGUGGGGUAAAAAAUAAGAAUGUUUUCCUGUUACCUGUAAAUACACUGCUGCUUAGCCACUCAGUGAAUCACAGUCUGCUUUCCACUCCUUGGAGCCUUGUUCGACGUACACACACACACACACACACACACACACACACACGCACACGCUCACAUGCGCGUGCAAGCGCUAAGUACCGCAGUGUAUGCCGUCACUCAGUGCUCAAACACAGUAUCCAAAGGCAAAGUGUCUCCCUAAUCUUUCCCUGAGCCUUAACACUCCUUACCAGCUGAUCUGUACUAGGGGGAAGAAUCUUUUGAUCUCACCAACACAAACACACACACACACACACACACACACACACCUCAUUUAUUCACUGAUUGAUCCUGAUAAGAACUAAGUUACCAUAUUUGUUCUUACCUGCCAGUUGGGAGCACAACUCCACCUAGAGAGAAUCAGCAUUGAAAUGGCUGAUGUGUGUGAUGAGAUCUACACCGGUCACACACUAUGU